AUGAUCGACCGAUUACCGUUCCGGCUAUGCAUUCAACUAUUUUUGUUGAAUUUAAUCUUUGCCGAGGAUAUCUACACACAACCAUUGUCAGCUUUGGAGACGAAAGACGGAAAACAACCGGAUUCCUUUUAUCCAUAUAAAGUCUCGUUGACGAGAAGCAAACGGCAAUGCUGCAGCAUGUGCAGUAUGGGAAGUGAUUGCGGAUGUGGUGGCUGUCCGAUGAUGGUGCGAGCGAUCGCUCCAUCACCGGAGCCCGUUUGUCCGGCUCGUUGUAUGCCGAUGUGCACGGCGGCUUGUGUAAUGAGUAUUGAGCCAGCACAAACUUGCGUUCAAAAAUGCAUGCCCGAUUGCUCCCCGACGUGUGUGCAAGUGAUCAGCUGCGAGAAACGGUGCAUGCCAGCUUGUCUACCCUCGUGCAUGGCCACUCCCGCUUGUGUUCAGCGUUGCAUGCCCGAUUGCUCGUCCACGUGUAUCACCGCAACGCCAGCGGUGACCUGUGUGCCCGCUUGUAUGCCCACGUGUAACCAAGCCUGUGUGCGAGCGAUCAUCCCCAAUUGUCCCGGCGAGUGUCUUCCAUCUUGUUCAGCUUCAUGUGUGCAAAGAGUGAUGACGAUCUCGGCUCAACCAACUUGCGUUCAAGCUUGUAUGCCGGAUUGUCGAAUGGCUUGCAUUGAGGCAAUGGAGAUCCGAGUCUCUCAGCAAACUUGCAUCCAACCGUGUAUGCCGCAAUGUGCUCCUCAAUGCAUUCAAGCACUACAGGUGACAACUAACCAAUGCCUCCAACCCUGUCAACCCCAAUGUUCUCCAGCGUGCAUUCAAGCGGUUACAUGCAGCACUUGCACAAAUAAUUGCCCAUCUUCGUGCACUCAAUUGACGUGCAUUCCCGAGUGUAUGCCCAGAUGUUUGCCUCAAUGUUUACAACAAAUCAGUGUAGUGAUUCAAUUUCGACAAACCUUCCCGGCUCCAUCGAGUGCAUCGUGUGAUCCGGCGUGUAUGCCGACUUGCACAAAGACGUGCGUUCAAAUGAUAAACCAAUGCCCACAACAGUGCCGCCCAAUGUGCACAUCGGCGUGUGUGAACGCGGUGCCCGUUCGUGCUUGUAUCCAACAAUGCAUGCCAUCGUGUGAUCAGGGCUGUGUCCAGCAGUUUACCCUUCAAUUGGCGCAAGCCUCUCCCACUUGUCCGGCUCAAUGCAUGCCCGAUUGCAAGCCAACCUGUCUCACGGAGGUGACUCUCAAAAUGAGUCAGCCCACCACUUAUCCGACAACCGAGCCUUUUAAAGACUCGGAUGAUUAUGAAUUCGUGGUGAUGAAUAACUCGUGUGCCCCCGCAUGUAUGCCCUCUUGCACGCCGUCGUGCGUCUCCUAUUAUGCGCUAACGAUCCCGGCGAGUACGGCACCGACUUGUCCGCAAAGCUGUAUGCCGCUAUGCUUGCCGAGUUGUGUGCAAAAUCUCGAACCUUUACCAACGAUACGCUGUUCAACUCUUCCAUGCACUUGCCAACCAGGUUACGUCCCAUGUGGAAGCAGUAACUGUUGUCUCAAAUACACCAAUAUGGCGAGUAAGUUCAAGAAGUUGAAGAGCGGGGGUAAAAGCGAGAAAUCGGGUGGUGAGGAGUAUUAUUUAUCGGAUGGAUUGGAUGAUUUGAAUGGGAAUUCGACGGAGAUCACGGAGACUGAGGCAAACACAAUGCCACAGGUGAACCCUUCUCGAUGG